CUGUAACUGUGGUUAUCGCUGGUAUGCUAGAAGAGCCGUGUUGGGAAGGAAGAAAGAGAAAAGGGAAAAAGUGGGCAGGAGCCGCAGGAGUAUUUGAUAUCCCUUAUUAAUCAGGCUUCUUUUAUUAUUUUUAUUAUUAUAUAUUUUUUAAAGGCGGUUUGAUUGUUAGUGCAUUUGACUACGGCAAAAGGGGAGAGAAAAUUAUAACAUAAUAUAACGUUCGGUGGAUGAGAAAAUAUUGACUAGGAUCGGACUGUCGCCGUGCGCAUGCCACCUCCCAAAAGCAACGGCAGAAUCCGAUUCUCUGCUAUGCUACGCCACUGCUACCCGGCGCACUUGCAGCUUAAUUACCCAUCUCCGACCAUCAAUCUCGCCUUUUUCACCCUGGCCCGAUGUGCAAAACGAAGAAAAGCACAGACGUGAUCGAACCCCAGAGGAACGCGCAUUCCAAAUCUCGCAAAUCCUUCAAGUCUUCCCCCCCUUCGAUCCCACCAGACCCCACCUCCAACAAUUUCUCCAGCAACACCAACUUCAACACCACUAGUUCCAGCUACAAUAACUACUGGUCCAAGUCUUCCGCCUCAAGCCGAGCCUCUCUCUCGAGCCUCAAGGACUCUCUCCCGGAGAACCCUCACGUCUACCAGUUCUCCGAAAUCCGCGCCGCCACCAACAGCUUCCUCGCCAAGCGAUUCUCCUCAUCUUCCUCGUCCGCCUCGUGGCGUUGCUCUCUUCGCGACAAGGACUCCAUCGUCUUCCAGCGCAAGCUCCGCCGUCCUAUCGAAUUACUGGAGCUACGAGACCGUGUCUUGACGAUCGGUCGGAGCCACCAUAGCAGCAUAAUCAGGCUCCUUGGCGCGUCUUUAUCCGGGAAUUACGUUUACCUCGUGUACGAAUUCGUUGAAGGUGCGAACCUCGCUGGUUGUCUCCGGAAUCCUAAGAACCCUAAUUUCACGGUCCUCUCCUCCUGGCUCUCGCGCAUGCAGGUCGCCACGGACAUUGCACACGGCCUCGAUUACAUCCACCAUUGCAUGGGGCUGAACUCCAGCUUCGUUCACAACCACAUCAAGAGCUCCAGCAUUAUCGUAACCGAAGAGUCUCUGAACGCGAAGAUCUGCCACUUCGGCACCGCGGAUUUGUGCGGAGAAAUCACCGAAAACAAUAACUCAGAUUCUGCGAAAUCGAAGAAGUCGGAUAGUCGGGAAAUUAAGUUUGAGGGGACAAGAGGGGACAUGGCUCCGGAGUUUCAGUCAACGGGAAUUGCGACGCAGAAGAGCGAUGUGUACGCGUUUGGAGUGGUGAUGUUGGAGCUGUUGUCCGGAGAGGAGGCCCUCAAGUAUAGGUUUGAGGACGAGGGCUCUAGUGUCAAUGGCGAUGGGGGUGUUUAUAGGAGGGUGAGCGUGAUCGACACGGCGAGAGAUGCGGUGGCGAGAGGUGGUGGUGGGGAGGGGAGGAGGUGGGUGGAUAGGAGGUUGAGGGACUCGUACCCGGUGGACGUGGCGGAGAAGAUGGUGCGGCUGGCGUUGGAGUGCAUAGAGGAGGAUCCGGACAAGAGGCCCGAUAUGGGUCGGGUUGCGGUUACGAUAUCCAAAUUCUAUAUGGAGUCUCAGCAGUGGGCGAAGCGGAUAGGCCUGCCCACGGAAUUCUCGGUUUCGAUGGCCCCUCGAUGACAUUUUGCCACUGGAUUCCAAUUUUGCCCCCCCCGCUUUUGGUUGUGUAAGUUGUUUUUUUUUUUUUUUCAAUCUCCGGGAGUUCUUUAGUUUUAAA